CGGAGGGUCUCGGGGUGGAGACGGGGCCAGAGCGGAGGCCUAAGGGCGGCAAGACGUUUUCUCAGACUUCCCCGGAUCUGACCCUGGGCAUCUCCUUGGGUCACCUGCCUUAGUUCACCUGACUGGGGAAGUAAACUCUCUCCCACAGCCCCCACCGUCUCUUUAGGUCUCAGGUCAGCACUCACUGUGGGAUACUGAUGGAAGGGGAGCCUGGGAGCAUGGCCAAGGUGGCCCAGUUGCUGAUCCUGUCUCUGUCCUGGGGCAUGCAGAUCUGGGUCACCUUCAUCUCAGGUUUUGUGUUGUACAGGGGUGUGGCCCGGCACACCUUUGGCCUGGUGCAGAGCAAACUCUUCCCCUUCUACUUCUACAUAACGCUGGCUUGUGCCUUCCUCAACCUCAGCAUCUUUGCCGUUUACCACCCACGAGAACAGCUUACCCAGGGGGAGGCCGGCCAGCUCUCCCUCUUCUUCGUUUGCCUGGUGCUGUCAGCUCUGAAUGCCCAGUGGCUCUCAGGCUCCACCACGGAGGCCAUGUGGAAGAUGCAGGCGGUGGAGAAGGAGCACAGGCUGGGGCAGGAAGUGGGCCUGAGCAGCAGUCAGGGGGCCUACAAACAGCUGCGGGAGAAGGACCCCAAGUACCGGGCUCUGCGGCAGAAGUUCUUUCGCUACCAUGGCCUCUCCUCCCUCUGCAAUCUUGCCUGCCUGAUCUGCAACGGGGUCUGCCUGGUCUGCCUGGCCCUGCGACUUGACAGCCUGUAGGCCGGAGGCUGGAGCCACGUGAGCCCCAGCUCCUCUGCCCUUACUGCGUACCCUGCUGCCCUCCUUGGUGGGCAGAGAACGAAUGAAACCAGAAUCUUUAUCCCUCAGCCCUGCCCCUUUGUAGGACUGAAGUGUCUGAGACCCAACUUCUCCUUUCCAGGGCCGGACUUUGGCUUCUCUUCCUGACUUACUGGUGGUCGGGGAGGGUGGGUGCCGGGGAUGCCACAGAAUCGUGAUUCUGGGCCCAAAGGUGCUGCCUUCUCUCUCAAUUGGGGCCAAUCUCCUGUCUUUUUGUAGGAACACCCUACUUUUGUAGCUGCCACCCAUUUCAGGCCUAAGUGCUGAAGUGACCGUCCCUGCCCUAUCUUGUUCAUCUCCUUUGCAUGGUUUUUAGACCACUGUGGGGUGGGAGGGAAGUGUCUACUUCCUGCUCCUGCUGUGGGUAAGCUCUUAAAACAAGACCCUUCUUUGUACAGCCUGCCACUGUUCCCCAGAAAUGAUUAAAGCGAUUUCUUAAGAGUGUC